CCCUUCUGCGACGGCACCCACAAGAAAGCGGCCCCGGGGAUCCCCCCGCUGCGCUUCACCCCGGAGGAGGACAAGACGGCCUGGCUCUGCGGGUGCAAGCGCACCCGCUCCCCCCCCUACUGCGACGGCACCCACAAGGAGGAGGCCGUACAGAGCGCCCAGCUCUCCGCACAGCCCUGA